AUGACAAUGAUAAUGCAAAUCCAGAAAAUGAAGGAAAGAAGAAAGCUCCAAACUACACAGAACCCAAAGAUUAUGAGCUAUGCCGCGCCUGGGUUCAGGUAUCCGAAGACCCUGCCGUUGGAACCAAUCAAGAUGGAGGGACUUUCUGGCAACGAAUCAGCACGGUAUAUCACGAGGCUGUACCAAGACCGAUUCGGCCCGUUUCCAGCUUAA